AUCAUUACAAGGCUCAGAUGAAGUCAUUACAAGAUAGAAAGGAGAGGCGCUGGAGCUUGGAGAGAAAGCUUGCUGAUGCUGAUGUCUCUGAGGAAGAACAGAACAAUAUCUUGAAGAGCUUGGAGAAAAAAGAAACUGAGUACAUGCGGCUACAGAGGCACAAAAUGGGGGUUGAUGAUUUCGAACUUUUGACCAUAAUUGGAAGGGGUGCAUUUGGAGAGGUGAGAUUAUGCAGGGAGAAGAGUACUGGUAAUGUAUAUGCAAUGAAGAAAUUGAAAAAAUCUGAGAUGCUUAGAAGAGGACAGGUAGAGCAUGUUAAAGCUGAAAGGAAUCUUCUUGCAGAGGUUGAUAGUGCCUGUAUUGUUAAACUCUAUUGUUCUUUCCAAGAUGAUGAGUAUUUGUAUCUUAUAAUGGAGUAUCUUCCUGGAGGUGACAUGAUGACUUUACUGAUGCGCAAGGACACCUUAACAGAAGAUGAGGCCAGGUUCUAUGUUGCGGAGACUGUAUUGGCCAUUGAAUCUAUACAUAAACACAAUUACAUACAUAGGGAUAUUAAACCAGAUAACUUAUUGUUAGAUCGAAAUGGCCAUAUGAAGCUGUCAGAUUUUGGUUUGUGCAAACCUUUGGAUAGUAGUAGCUUUCCAAACCUGACCGAGCCUGAUCAUGGAGUGGGUACCAAGGCUCCAUUAGAUGGUCAUAAGCAUUUGAGCACAUCUACUGCACCAAAGCGUACACAACAGGAGCAGUUAUUACAUUGGCAAAAGAAUAGACGGAUGCUGGCCUAUUCAACUGUGGGAACACCUGAUUACAUUGCACCUGAAGUUCUGCUGAAAAAAGGAUAUGGCAUGGAGUGUGAUUGGUGGUCUCUUGGUGCAAUUAUGUAUGAAAUGCUUGUUGGUUACCCACCAUUUUACUCCGAAGACCCAAUGUCUACCUGCAGGAAGACUGCAACCGCAAUGCAAACCUCUUCAAAAUCUGGACCUUGGAGAAAGAUGCUUUCAUCAAAAGAUGUCAAUUUUGUGGGUUACACUUACAAGAACUUCGAAAUUGUCAACGACCCCGAUAUAAAUGGCAUAGCUGAAUUGAAGAAAAAGAACAAACCCAAGAGACCUUCUAUCAAGUCAUUAUUUGAAUCGGAUGCAGAAACCAUGCAAUCUGAAACUUCUUCAAAUCAGACAAAUCAUGGAAGCUUUCUGAAAAUGUUGCCUACACAUCUAGAGGUGUCGGAAAGCCCCGAGCCAUCACCUCAUUCCAGCAAGACAUCCGCUUACCAUCCACCACCCCGGCGUAGAUAGCGGAAGCGACAUUGAUGUUCUUGACCAACUGUUCAUAGCUAAAUUAAGAAGAGAAGCACUUCUUUUAUUUUCGUUGUCCAGAGUUUUUUUUUUUUUUUUUCGGCGAGCCUGAACGCAUCUUGUACAUUAUUUUCUACAUUUUAUAUGGGUUUUAGCACCUCCCCUUGUGUAAAUUUGUGAUCCACUGUGUCUGAAAUAUUGAAGUGAAGACUUUCAAGAUGUCAUACUGACUGCGAACAGUAGUGAUUAAUUUUAAUUCUUUUGUUCUCAUUUGAAUAAAUGAAGUGGGUAAACCCUGUGGCUGGCUUUGUAUUAAGAGUUGUUUUGUGAAUUC